AUGUCUUUACGCAUCAACAAACCAACCAACCCCAAGGAGAGGGACGCCGACGUGGCUCGCAAGCUUCAAUUCUACGGCAUUUUAACAGCAUUCCAAAAUGGAAAGGUUCCAUCCAAUGAGCAAAUCGACAUCGCUCUGAACAGCUUCCUAGCCUCCAAGCCUCUCAGCGCCCCGUCAAAGAAGCUUUCCGCUGAAGGCCAAGCACUAGUAAAGGACGCCCGCGACGUCGUGGAGCAAGCCAAAUACCUCCUCCUUAGUAAGAACCAGGGCAAUCUACUCCAAGACUUUAUUUGGCAGACACAUAUGAUCGAGGGUGGAAAUGCCACUGGUGUCAAGGCACCUGUCGGCAAGGAUACCCGGGAGCAGCACGGUAACGAGGCUUUGGAGGGCCUUCGAACACUUGGCACACUCAUGAUAUCGAACGGACAAUUCCGAAAGCUCUUGAACGAUGCCACCGUCCUCAUCCGUGAUAUUGCUGGCGAUGCAGCCACUAAGGCGGCCACCAAGGUCAAUCCUAGUGAGGAGCAAUUGGCUCAAAUCGACCGGCCAGCUGAUGAUAACACUUGGCACGAUGCCCCCAAUAUGUCGAAGGGCGACCUAAAGAACCAAGUUAAAUCGCAAUUCAACAAGCAAACACCUUUGAACAAGGACGAUAUUCGCGAUGCCGCUGGCAACGCAGCUCAAUCUGCCCACCCACAGGGCUCCCGCGAUCCUGCCGAUGCCGCGGCACAAGCUGCUUGGCACCACCAACAAGGUGAAAGCUCUGGUGUUGACGCUCGUGCUGGCGUGCGGAGUGGUACUGCUACGCUCAGACAGAACGCCUCCGAAAAUGUUCCCGACGAGACCAAAGAUCGCGGACGUGAGUAUAAAGAUCGGACUAAGGGCUACCUCGAAUCAAAGAUGCCCGAGGAGCGCCGGCAACAAACCAUUUGGCGGCUCAAGAAGAUGGUAAUCGAGGUUCAAGGACAUCCUGAUUAUCAACAAGCUAUUAAUACUCUUCUCAAUCUUGCCGAGACCUAUGCUGGUCAUGCGAACACCAUCGGUGAGCAAUCAACUGGCGCCGUGAAAGGUGCACACUCAGAUAGUGCCCUGAAAACUGCCGAAUAUGAUCUCAAGACACUUAUUGAACGCUUUGCUAAUAACACAUCAAGUGAUGAUAUCGUUGAUGCUCUAAAUACCAUUUACCGUGAUGCGGAUCGAGACCCCGAACUCAAGAACUGGUUCAAGCAGAUGGACAGCUAUAUCCGCAAAUGCCUCCAGCAACAAGGUUUUAUCAUGGAUGACCGCGCUAACGAUGAGUGGAAUGCGCUUUACGACCGUGGCAACUUCUUGCUGCGUGAUCGCUACCGCAAUCACACCGACCGCAUCGUAGAGGAGAUGAGAUUCUUCGUGGAUCAAUUCGAUCAAGAUCAGCAGAACAAACGUUUCGGCCAGUCAAUGCAAAGGCUGUUCCAUAACCUUGGAAAUGAUAAGAAUGGAAGGGCGACGUUCAAACCGCAUUUGGUCAAGGACCUUUGCGAUGUUAUCCUUCCGGGCAUCUUCGAGAGCAUCCGUUAUGUUCCUAUUCCCAGAAUCGAAUAUAGCGACCCAAUGAUUGAUGCCGUUAUUGAGAAUCUCAUUAUCGAGAGUGAUAACCUCAUGCCAAACAUCUUCGAGGUCACGAAUGACAACUACUUCCGCUGGGGCCGUAAGAACCUUGCAAACAAGAACUACAACUCUGUCACGCUGUUUGCCUCCGGAGUCCAAAUGGACUUGCGUGAUGUCUCCUAUUACAUUAAACGCAAGCAGGGAACACCUAAGCUGAGCGACUUGGGCGUAGCAGACAUCUUCCUGGGCGGUACCGGCUUCAGCGUCAAGAUCGGGAUGUCCACGGCCGAGAAGAAAGAUCGCGAGAAUUUCUUCAAGAUCAACAAAGUGGAUGUUGAAUUGAAGGAUCUAAAGAUCAAACUCAAGCAGAGCAAGCACAAGCUUCUGUUUGCGUUGUUCAAGCCCCUGCUUCUGAGAGUUAUGAGACCGGCAUUGCAGAAGGCGCUCGAGAAGGUCAUCAAGGAGAAGGCGCAUGAACUGGAUUCGCUUGCCUGGCAGGUAAAACAGGAAGCGGAUCGUGCACUGAACGAGGUCAAGGAGGACCCCAAAAGUGCUCCUAAUGUUUAUCAACGCUACUUCAACGCAAUCCAAAAGCAGGUGCUGCAAGGCAAGCAGAAAGCGGAAGCCGCCACUGCCGACAAGAAGGUCAACAUGGCCAUGACCCAGAAAGAUUCUAUCUUCCCAGAUCUCAAGCUCCCUAAGGGUAUCUCCACCAAGGCGACUGAGUACAAGGAGCUUGCUCUCAAGGGCGACAGCUGGGAGUCUCCCGUCUUCAAGAUAGGCUCCGCUUCUCCGUCCACCAACAUCCCCAAGGCUGUGAAGCCCAAGCGGAAGCACCAUCCUGUCAAUAGGGGUGGUGUAAGAGGCCCACAAAAUGUUGGAGGGUCUCGUGAUUCUGCAGUUACUGGCGUUGAUGGUGCCCCUAUCGGAGAUGCACCAACCGGGGCUGUGCCAAUCGGGGGCACGGCAAUUGGUACGAAUGGUUUGCCAACUGGAGGCAAAUAUCAAACUCCUGUUGCUGCUGGAUUCAGCAGCCAGGUCGAUGAGGCGUUUGGCAAGGAGCAGGGAUCUGUUGCUGCUGGAUCUAUCCCUAUCACGACUGUGAACGGUUCCGUCCACUUGUGA